AUGACGCUGACAGAGGAGCAAAUCAACACUAUCGCAGAUUGUCCCCUCAACGACUCACUCACGCGUUUUUCACAAAAGCUAAGCCACUUGGAAGGAUCUAAUGAAGCCUGGCGCACUGACGUUGCCACUGUCCUGCCAGUUUUGAUUGCCUCGCCUGCCGCGUACAACCUUGCUUUGCCAGACGGGGGAGUCAAUGUGGCCGUUAAACUACUCACUAUACUUCAGCAUGUACGAGGAGGCCUGCUCAAGUUCGAUCAUUUCCGCCCACUUAUCAACGCCGUCGCCACGGACUCCCCCGACACCGACGUUUGGGCCGCGGUUAUCGACCUCAUUGACACUGUCAACCCGUCAACACCUCCGCCAUCGAGCAUCAUUCCGACAGGCCAUGGGACGCCAGUCAAAACAAGCUCCAGCAGGCUCGAGGACAGUGAAACGCGCGACAUCGUCGAGCGUGAGCUAUUCUACGAAAUAAAAGACUGCACCCACAGGGGAGUGCCCGGGUUUUUCGAGAAGCACUUCGAUACAGCAAACUGGACCAAAGCUCAGGCAAAAAUGCUAAAGUCGAUCCUGGCAAAUCACGACGGAACAAAAUGGAUCGACUUCCCGGCCGACCCGUGGGAAGCAGCGGUAUGGAAAUGGCUGCAAGGGCUCGAGGAGAAAGCCUUGGCCGGGGCGCAAUAUACUCUGCAUACCAAUAAAAGUGCGACCGAGUUUAAAGAGCGCAGGGGCCAGAUGGACAUCUUCUUCCAGAAACCAGAACGAACGAAGGGUCGAUUUGAAUAUAAACACGUGCUAGUUGCUGGGGAGCACAAGCGGUCCUUUGCCACCGCCGACUUUAAAGCAUGCAUGUUGCAACUCACGCGACACGUUCGAAGCAUCUUUGCCGACCAACCGAUGCGCCGGUUUGUGCACGCGUUCACCAUCAAGGCUGCGACAAUGGAGCUGUGGAUGUACGAUCGCUCUGGCGCAUAUAGCUCGGGCGAGUUCAACAUUCAUCACGAACCGGAGAAGGUGGCGCGUGCUCUUGUUGCAUAUGCUACCAUGGACAAUGGUGCGAUGGGGUUGGAUAUGUCAAUUGAGUGGAAAAAUAGCCAUCGUUACAUUACAGUGGAAGAUGGCAACGGUGAUGACAAACGUGUGGAAUUGAACCGGCUGCUUGUCAGGCAACGGGCCGUGGUGUGCAGGGGAACAACGUGCUUCUCGACGAAACAGGGCGUGGCUAAGUUUUCUUGGCGUUCCGAUAAGCGGCAACCGUCCGAAGUGAAGCAUCUGAAGCUGGCGCAGGAGAAGGACGUGGAAGGCGUUGCUACACUAGUAGGGCAUCGCGAGAUUACCAGCAUUGCUGAUCUGCGAGCGGGCCUAGAGUUCUCCAGCAGCACACGGCAUGCCUUUCGAACGACAGCUCAGGACCGAUCAUGCGGGUAUAAUCGCCUGCAGGGCUCGGAGAGCAGUGGCUCCAGCCGAAAACGCAAGUCCUCAGACAAUAAUCCUCGUCCUCGCACGACGCGGCGAUCCAACAGUCAAAAGUAUACACUGAGGCAAGCGUACGAUCAAUCGAGCGAAGCAAACGACGAAGCGAGCGGCGAAGCGAAGUCGAGCAUAUACACCCCAAACCGAGAGGACCCGUACGAGAACCGCAUUUUGUCUUGCAUUGUCAUUUCCCCUGCAGGACGUGUCAUCAGCGACUUCAGCACCAUUCGCGAGCUCCUCGAGGCCCUCCGUGAUGCCAUCCGAGCGCAUCGAUCCUUAUACUUGAAGGGCAGGAUACUACAUCGCGACAUUUCGUCAAACAACAUUAUCAUAACAAGACCAGACCAAGCCGAUGGCUUUAAGGGAAUGCUCAUCGACCUUGAUCUUGCCAAGGAACGAAACAGCGGUCCAAGCGGUGCACGCCAUCAGACAGGUACGGUGCAAUUCAUGGCGAUUGAGGUGCUUCGCGGCGUAGACCACACCUAUCGCCAUGACCUAGAAUCGUUUUUCUACGUUCUCAUAUGGAUGUGCGCUCGCUGCGCAUGGGAUGAAGUGAAACGUUUUCGCAAAGAGGGCGAAACAGCGCCAGAAGAAAGUCUUCUGCGCAAAUGGGAAAUAGGCAGCUUCAAAGACAUUGCGAGUGCAAAAAUGGGCCACAUGACUGUCAACAGUCUGGAGGACAUCAUGAAGGAGUUUCCGGAGUCAUUUGACAUGAUCAAACCACUGUGUUUGCGCAUUCGGUCAAUACUAUUCGGCGAUACAGCGAGAAUGAUGAUUGGAACACCUGCUGGAGAUCCGGAAAGACUUUAUGACCGUAUUACUGCCGCGUUUGGCGAGGUAGUCGGUUAG